AUGCUAAGAAACAUAGUCAAGAGUCGAAGGCUCCAGUAUUCCUUCCACCCACGAGCUUCUUACUCCACCGGUACUAAUUCAUUCAAGACAGCUGUUGAAACUGCUGAAAAAUUGGUGUCACCACCAGCUCAAACUAAAUUUCAAGAUCCAUUUUCCAUCGUCAGUCAUGAAAUGUCCAAUUUAGCCAAAUCCAUUGCUAGUUUAAUUGGUUCUGGCCACCCAACAUUGAAUAGAAUAAGUUCGUAUUAUUUCGAAGCUGAAGGUAAAAAUGUUCGACCUUUAAUUGUGCUAAUCUUGAGUAAAGCAUUACUGAAGAUUCCUAUACUGCAACGUCAAAGAAUCAAGAUUGAUGAGUAUGAUGUUACUGAACAAGAACACAUUAAAGGUACACCACAACCGGGUCAGGAAUCAAUUGCUGGGUAUAGUGUUGAUGAUAGUUUAAGUCCAUUGAAUAUCUUGCAUGGAAUAAAUCCCAAGAUUAUAUUGGACCCUUUGAGUAAACCAAUGGAUAGACUACCUGAAAUGGAUAAACAAAAUGGCAUAUUGCCCAAACAAAGAAGAUUGGCAGAAAUUGUCGAAAUGAUCCACACUGCUAGUUUAUUACACGAUGAUGUUAUUGAUUUAUCGGAUGCAAGAAGAGGUAGACCUAGUGGUAAUAUUGCAUUCACCAACAAGAUGGCUGUCUUGGGUGGUGAUUUCCUCUUGGGUAGAGCUUCUGUUGCCAUCGCUAGGUUGAGAAACCCUGAAGUUAUUGAAUUAUUGAGUACAACAAUUGCCAAUUUGGUUGAAGGAGAAUUUAUGCAAUUGAAAAACACCGUAUUGAGUAAUAGUGGGGAAGAAAUUAUAGAUAAUGAUGGGGAUGAGAAAAGAGUACCACAACCAACUGGCAAAGUACCCACUGAAAAGCAUCAAUAUUCAGUCAAUGAAGAAGAUAUCGUUGACCAUGAUACCAAUGUUCAAGCCGCAUUUGAAUACUAUUUGCACAAGACUUAUUUGAAAACCGCGUCGUUGAUGUCUAAAUCAUGCCGUGCCGCAGCCGUGCUUAGUGGUGCUGAAGAUGAUGUUAUUGAAAAUUGUUACCAAUUUGGUCGUAAUUUGGGCUUGUGUUUCCAAAUCGUUGAUGAUAUGUUGGACUACACAAGUUCCGAUAAGGCGUUUGGUAAACCAAGUCAAGCUGAUUUGAAAUUGGGAUUGGCUACAGCACCAGUAUUGUUUGCUUGGAAACAAGAACCUAAAUUGGGGGAAUUGAUUGCAAGAAAGUUUAAUGAACCUGGUGAUGUUGAAAUUGCACGUCGAGCUGUUGAAAAAUACCAAGGUGUUGAACAAACUAGACAAAUGGCGGAAAAGUAUUGUAUGGAUGCAUUGGCUAAUUUACGUAUAUUACCUGAAUCUGAUGCCAGAAGUGCAUUGGAAUUGUUGACAAAUUCGGUAUUGACUAGAUCCAACUAG